AAAGUUCCAAGGGUCUGGGAGAUAACUGUGAUGGUUCUAAUGAAACCUCCAGCCAUGCAAGGAGUCCUGUUCCUCAUGAGGAUUACCAUGGAGGAGGCCGAGUGUCUGUGGUGGACAUUGGGUCCUCCCAUUGUUCAUAUUUUCUUUGGUGGAUAUUAGAUAAAAAGCAGUGAUCUUCCUCAGCCAACAUUUUUGUUCUACCCAGACGAGGACUUCGUGACAAGGCCACUGUUCAGGCACUUGAGGAGACAUGAAAGAAGCCACUGAGUUGAAUGAAGACAUGUUGGAGGAAGCAGAGCAUCUGGCACUUCUAGAGCCAGAGGAUGAUGGUACAUUCUUCCAAGUCACCAACCUCCUGAACAUCAUGGACAGUGAAUCAGCAAAGACAGACACCACAGGGCCAGGCCUGGACAUGCGGAAGACCUUGGCUUCAGUGAUAAUCACAGAGAAGGCUACCACGGAUCCCUGUGUAGUGAUGAACGCGCUCAUCCGCUGCCUGCAGAUGCCAGAGAUUUCUACCCAACGCAAAAUGAACAUCUACAACAUCAUGCAGGAGAUCAUCCAGCAGGAAGGGGAGAUGGAGGAGCACUGUAUACAAAGGCUGGUGGCCAUUGCCUCCAAGCAGAUGCGGGAUAUCACAGAGGCGGAGGAUUUUGAGACCGCCGAGGUGGCCAGUGAGACUCUAGUGGCUCUGUCCCGAAACCACUUCAGCUUGGUCAUGUAUGAACUGCAGCAUCAUCUCAAGCCUCUCAACCUCACUGACGAGUUUGUCAUUGUCACCCUGGCCAAGCUGGCCAAUGGCAAUGUGUUUGAAUUCAUGCCCUACAUGGGCAUCACCCUGGCUACCAUAUUCACGAUGUUGAGACUUGCCAACGAAGCCAAGAUGCGCCAGGUGAUCUGUAGUGCCAUGGAGACGUUCUGUGAGACGGUGCAGUUUUACCUGAGGCACCUGGAGGACAGCCUGUAUCCCGUGAUGACGGAGGACCAGUUUGCUGUGAAGCUCUUCCCAAUGUACCGAUACUUCGUGACCGUGUGGCUGCGCCACCAGGACCUUGAGGUGAAACUGGGAGUCAUCAAGUCUCUCAGGCCCAUGCUGAGCCUUCUCCUGCCUAAUGACGACCUGAGGGAACAGGUGUAUGACUAUAUCCCCCUGCUGCUGGCUGAGUUCCAGGGUGGCCUGGAGGCUCUCUUCGUCACACAGGUCUUGAGGCAGAUUCUAGAAGCAUCGGUUACCACCAACACCCCUAUCCCCCCGAUGCUGCUACACCCCAUUUUCACAGAGUUGCACGUCCAGGUGUGCUCCAAGGCCCCAGCCCAGCAGCAGUUCAGCAGUCAGAACCUGAUGGAGAUCGUGCACUGCUUCAUAGCCCUGGCCCGCUCCUACCCCAAGGAACUGAUGAAGUUCUUCUUCAGCCAGGUGGAGAUGAGCAAAGAGGCUGUCCGUGUGGGGACACUGGCCCUGAUCAGGGCAGUAGUGAGCGCAGAUGACCCCAAAAUUAAUAUCAAGACCAUCUACCUGGCCAUCCGCGUCGUCAAGAACACUCUCUCUGACACUCGGUCCAAGGUACGGAUGGCAAUUCUGCGAAUCAUUGGCCAGCUGGUUCUGUCAGGCUUCCAGGAAAAGAUCAAAGGCUGGGGUCUGAAAUAUGUGUCUGUCCAGCUCACCUUAUCUACCUACAAGCUGACAAAUCGACGGGAAUGCUUUUAUCAGAGGGAUUUGGAAGAGAAGAUGGUUCACAAAGUAACCAUGGAUACUGUAAAGAUCAUAACUUCUUCUAUCAGCGGCAUGACCAAUGAGUUCUGGGUGAGGCUCCUGUGCUACAUCAUGGAGACAGACUACACCGAGGCACUGACCCCCAUCUGCAUCAGCCUCACGAACCUGGCCGAGAACCAAAUUCAUGGCAAAGACACGGAGGCUGGAAUAGCUGGAAAGAGCAAGCAUGUGGACUUGCCUGCACCCCAGAAGCUGCUGGCCCGUCUCCUGGUGCUGAUGUCAUCACCCUAUAAAGGAGAAGGCCGGGGGAUUGCCAUGCUCAACCUCCUGCGGACCCUAAGCCAGAGCAUUGCUCCUUCCAUGGCUGACAUGUGGGAGCAGGAGAUCCCUCUGCUAGUCCAGUACCUGGAAGAGCACACUGAGUUUACCUGGAACCAGAAGACCUGGGAAGAUAUGCUGAUUCAGUUUCUGAGAAACUCCCUCAAGAAGACCCGUGGGACCAGCUGGAGCCUACGGCUCAGCAAAGAGCUGAACAACCAGAUCGAGACCUUCGACAGCCCCUCCUUGGAAAAGGGUUUUCUGUACAGGGCCCUGGGUUUCACCUUAGGCAUGGGUCUGGAGGCCGACAGGGUGGAAGUGCUAUUAUUGGAGCUGCUGUACAAGACAGACUACAGCAAUGAUUUUGACCGGGAGGGCGUCAUCCUGUGCUUUGGACUGUGUGCCCGGGGCCAGGUAAAGACAGUGUUGAAUGUGCUUCAGGACUUUGAGGAGAGGAUCCAGGAGUCGGAACAGUCCUGGCAGAUCGGUGCCUGGAGGAAAGACCACCCCUGGAGGCGAGAGACGGUGAAGAGUGCCCUAAUGGUGAUGUACAGCUGUGUGUCCUCUUACUGCCACCCCCAGAUGCUCCUCACCCACGUGGACAGCCCCAUCACCUCUAAGAUCAUCCACCACUACUCCAGCAGCUGCCAGGACAUCAGCCUCAAAAUGGCCUUCAUGAAGAGUGUUGUGCAGGUCACCAACGCCAUCAAAAGCAUCCAAGACCCAGAGGACUUCCAGUUUGCCCACAAAUCUGCUCUUACUGGCCUCAUAGUUGUGAUCAUCAAAGCAGAACCACCUGACCACUUGGUUUCUCCCGUGAGGUCGAUGGCAAUGGAUGCUCUCUCACAACUAAGCACGAUGAAGCCUUUCUACUCUCCAGAGGAAAGCACAGAGUUGAUGGAUAUCAGCAUACACACCGUUAUCUCCCUCCAACCCCCAGGGGAAGACAAUGAGUCUGUUAAGACCCUGUAUGCAAAUACCAUGAGUUCCCUAAAGCAGCUGAUGGAGGGCCUCCUGCAGAGACAGCUGGACCCCAAGGGGCUGCAGGACACUGUGCAUCUCCUGGAGAAGUGGAUCUUGUCAGAGAAAGAGUGGGAACGGGAGAAAGCCAUGGCCCUCCAUCUCCAUCUCAUGCAGAUCUACGUUCAAAGUAUUGGUGUCUGUAUCCCGCUGAAGCUGGGGCAGUUUGGAGUACUGGUUGGACUCAUCGCUCCAUGUACCUGUGAUGCCCACAGAAGAACCCGCUUGGCCUCGAUUAACGUCCUGUCCAGUCUGCUAGAUCUUCAUGUAAGCCAGACGUGCUCUUUAUGGGGAACUUCCAAGGAGCAGGAGCUGCAGAAAUGUAAGGAGGACCUCCAGGACACCGACAUGAACAAGAUUUCCAGUGCUUCCUCCAGAGUCGCCAAGGUGGUUUGCCCAGAGUUUAACUGCGACGAGGUUGUCUCUCUCAUCCAGAAGCUCUGUGAGAACAUUGGGGCCAUGGACCUGCAGCAUGACAGGGCUGCUGUCACCUGGAUAGGCAUCUUCCUCCAGAUGCGGGUCAAGGAGCUGGAGGACAAGGUGGCUGAGAUACUGGGUGCCAUCUUGGUUCACCUGCCAGUGGUGGAUCACCCAGAGGUGAGGCGACAUCUCAUUGAAGGCAUCCUCCUGCUGGCACACUACCACCAGGAGACCGUCCUCACAUCACUUCUGAGACAGCCACUGCCCAUGGAAAGCCAUCUGACAGAGGUGUGGCUGGCCGUGGCUGAGAAUGUCCCCUUCGCACGGACCAUGCUCCAUGGCUUGCUGGGCCGGCUGCAGUCGAGGUUCACUGCCAAGAUAAAUGCCACCUCCAAGGCUGACAUCUGGCGCCUGGCCGCUGUGGACCCUCUGAUGCCCUUCUCCCUGCAGACGCUGUGUACCAUCCAGCUCCUCAUGGAAAAGAUGGACCAGGAUGACAAAUUUCCAGACCUGUUUCCUGACCUGCUGUAUACCUUCCUGCUGCAGCUUGGCAGCAGCCAUGGGCCAGAAGCUGCCUCCCCUGUCCUGAAAACCUGGAGACUGGUUCACACAGGGCCACUGCCCCAGGAGAUGACCCUGCAGAGGAUCACUAUCAAAUCCAUGCAGCUUUUGGUCAAGAGGAUCAACAGAGAGCCCCUGGAGCAGGCCUUGGAGGAGCAGUCUGUGUGGUCCCUGCUGGAGAACGGAGGCACCUUCCUUGAGGGAGUGAGCCUGAUGGCCAGGCUGUGCAUGCAGAACAUGGAGAACUACAUGCAGAGGCUGGCAGAGCUGGUGCUCACGGGCAUGGGCUCCGAGAUCCUGAGCUGCUGCAUCAGCAGCACGGCCAUCUGUGUAGAAUUCAUGAGCGACCCAGUUCUGCACCAGGAGAAGCUGCUGAGGCCGGUGGUGCUGAUGCUGGAGAAGGGUGCAGGGCAGGACAAAGAUGAGACCUUGCAGGUGCUCUCUCUGCGUGCCUUGGGCAACAUGGCUCUCGGUGCUCCCCGGAAGGUGAAGCAGUAUCGAAAACUCCUGCUGGAGAAGUGCCUGGGCUCCCUGCAGGGGCAGGUGAGCAGCAGUGCCAUGGCGGAAGGCAUGGAGGCCCUCACCAAGGUCCUGGCUGAGCUCCGAGAGGGCGAUAUAGGGUCUUCUUUUGAAGCCAUCUCUAAGCAGUGCAGAGCUUUCUUCGACAACGAAAGCGAGCUGCUACGGUUGAAGGCCUUUGUUCUCUUUGGGAAGCUUACAAAAGUGGUUGGGAUUUCCAAGAAGCAUUUCUUCAAAGGGGAGGUGAAGAGAGGCUGGGUCUCCCUCCUGCUGCACUGCCAGGACCCCUGCCCCAGCGUGGCCCAGGCAUGUGUGGCCACCAUGUUUCAGUGUGUGCAUUUCUGGGGCUGGAAGUCCCUGGAGAGUUCCUUUGGUCACAGUAACGACAGCAUCAAUGAACAGAUGACAGUUUUUCAGACAAACAUGUGCUCCGUCCUGGCCCAGAAAAAGCCUGCUGUUCUCUGUGGCUUCCUGUUGGAAACAACAGUCUUCAUGAAAAACAAUCUGUCAAGGAUCAGAAUUGCUGCCUGCAACUUGGCGGGAAUUAUUAUGAAGCAGCUGUCUGCCCAUUAUCUGAAAAAGAUGGACCUUGUGGGACUUCGCAAUUCUCUCCAGGACCUGCAGCUAGACUCAGACGCUGGGGUCAGGAGGGCAGCCUUGGAGACCCUCAAAGUCCUGGACAGCUGCAAUCAGCACUGGCUCUUAGCGUCACCCAGAGGACUGCCGUAAGUGGCCCUGAUGCGAGUGAACUGCUUCAUCGGUGUCACACCUGCCACAGCAAGGCAAAUCACUUUUCAUUUGUAGAAAAACUGUUGUAAAAGAAUGGGUAUCCAACUCUCCUCUCCCUCUGAAAUAUAUCUCCACUGCUCUCCCGAGUGCAGGCUCCUGGCUGUGUGGCCAUCACAUCCCAGAGCCAACCACGGGGCAAAGGGCAGCUUCAGCCCUGUAGGCCUCUUCCUCCUCAGCUGAGCCUUUGUGGGGGUGGACAAGCAUGCUCUCCCAUGUGUCCUGAUGUGUACUCACAGCGGGGCAUGGUGACAGGCAAGGGGAGAUCAAACUACUGCCCAGCCUGUCCCCAGGGACCUUGUUCCUAAAGCAAAAAGGCAGAUGCAUGCAUAGACACUGUGAAGCGCUACACCUGGGAGACGGUACUCACACAAAGCCUACCCUUCCCCUUUCUCAGAGACCCGAGAUUAUCAGUGUUUGGGCCACUGGAUCAGGAGUCUAGUGGGGCCCGCCCGGAACAGUUUGGUGGGGCAACCAAAAGGGUAAUUAGUCCCAUGGCUAGAAAUCUGGAAGGGGAAGAAAAGAGAGCAAGGACAACUUUCUCAUCCUUGGGUUGCUACUGAGGCCAGGGCAGGAAAAAAUGCUCAAGGCAGCACCUCCACAGGAGAGAUGCUCACCCUGUCUGAAGCAAUUCACUUGCUGAGGCUUCUCACAGCGGUGAUUUCUGCAACCUUUCCGCUCCAAUAGAGUAAAUAGAGAAGUGCUGGUACCGACGACUCUGGCUGUGCUUGUACACUAGCCCAGGAUGUGUCACGUAACAUAUGCACACACAUCUGUGCCCAGGGCUCCCCUUCCACCUGGGCAGAACACUUAGAGGCCAAAGGGUGACCAGCAGAACCGAGGGCAGGGGCCUGUCUCUGAUGGGACUUUUCUUUUAAAAAGGAAUAGAAUUCAGAAAGUGUAAAAGGUCUAAGCUCUCUAACCAUUGUAAAAUGUAACUCUGCAUAACACCAGAAAACUAACAAAUCACAGAGGGGAGGUUAUUUGUGAUCUGUAUAACAUGAGAUGGGGUGGUGUGGACUCAAGAGGAAACCCAAUUCUAACAGAGGUGAAUAGAACAGUGAGUGCCCUGAGAACCCCGGUGAAGUCAGGAUAGUCAGGGCAGUAUGCCCAACCUCAAAUGAAAGCAGAUUGGGGUGUGGGGCUGUCAGCGCUCAACAAGCAAGCACGAAGCUUGGGUUCAUCCUUAGUGCCUCAAAAGCAGAGAAAAAAAAUCACCACAGGUGAAGGAAGACACACCAUGUUUGUCACUGCCAGCAGAGAGCACCAAUGGGUGAGAAGCGUCUCUUACAUCGCUCUACUGGGUAGCCAUUUGUAAAGGCUAUUCGGCAAGUUAUACUGUAUUCAUUCUAAGAGUGUGGCAGUGUUGUGCACAUACACAUGUCCACAACCCAUGUGGGCCCCUCCAGAUAACACCAGUUUCCUAUCACUAUCACAAAAUACUCGAGGCUGGACACUCCUAAUCUAUAUAACGGUUUAACUUAGUUUUAGAAACCCAAGGCCAACUCUUGUGGUAGACGAGAGAUCUGGUGAGGGCCUGGUGUCAGAUAUGAGGAUAUGUGGGGGCAGAGCAGGCACCACUUGCAAACAAACAAACCCACUCACUCACUACCACCACCAGCAAAAAACGCCCAAGCAGACAAACAGUAAACUAGAGAAUUGGGUGAAGUCAGGCCUGGGCUUUUGUAACCACUCUGGGAAAUCAACCUCAGCCCACAGGUGCACGCAUCUACCAGUGCUACUACCUGGGGACACACCUCCAAUAUAAGAAGUGCUCCCUUGGGGCAAGCUCCUGUCAACUGUGAAGCAAACCUGCAGAGUAGCCAAUAUUCUUUGAGUUAAAAGCAGAGAAGUUAUCAGUUAGCGGCUCCUUUAGCAGCGCUCAGAUACUCGACUUCCACCCUUGCCCAGGCCAGCUCAGCCUCCUCCACUAGGGGAUUCCGGACCCCUGUGUUCUCAGGAAGGGUCAGGCCCAAAGAAGGGUUGGUCUCGCUACAGAGGUCAUGCCUACUCUGGAGGUUCAUGCACUGCCAAAAUAGGCAUCCUGCAAGGUGCCAGGCUCUCAGAUUUAUUGCUAUACCAACACGAGUUCUUCAAAUUCAGAUGAAGCCCUGAACCCAGUGCAGUGUUGUCUGGGCUCAACACUGUGUAGGCCAGGAAGGCUACAUGGAGCCCUCACAAUAAAAAUGGUACCUUUUUUUUUUGA